AUGACAGAAAUGGGAGAAACAUUAAAACUGGAGCAAGUCGGAGACAAAAACAAAGAGAUAGAAUUGGGAGAACCUUCAAAACCUUUGCAAGGGAUCGAUGGCAAGAAAAACAAGAAGAAAGAGAAAAAAUUGGUAAAACCAUCAAAACUGGUGGAAAUGAUCGAUGAUCUCGACUUGGAACGAAAAGAUUUUUAUGUGGAGUUACAAGAUCCUUUACAAAUAUUCGUAAUUCCAACUUAUAUCAAACGAAGAGAUCAAGCUGCAUAUGAGCCGAAAAUGGUGUCUAUUGGUCCAUACCACUACGGUAAAGCUAUUUUGCAGCCCAUGCAGUUCCACAAGGAACGAGCCCUUAUUCACUUUCUUAGGAGAUCUCCGAUGAAGGCAAGUAAACAACAGUACAUUGAUAAACUGAUGGAAAUUGUGGGUGAACUGAGGAGAUGUUACGAGCAGGUCGAAGAGAUAACGAAGUGGCAAAAUGAUGAGGACUUUGUUAAACUCAUGUUGGUCGAUGGAGUAUUCCUUUUCGAAUUCUUGAAUGUGUUAAGGGGUAAUCAAGCAGGCCGUGAUUAUGCUGAUAUCGACCCUAUAUUUGGCAACCGUGGACAUAACUUAAACUAUAACUAUGUGAUGGAAGAUUUGUUGUUGUUGGAGAACCAAAUUCCUUACAAAGUACUUUCUACACUGCUUAGGGUCUCGGAAGGCGUCAAUGAAGAGGCGGCAAAGAGCAUUCUAUCCUCGCUUAUGCUUGCUCCGCCGAAAUACAGAGGUCAUCACUUGUUAGACAUGUAUAUUAAAGGAAUGCUGGGAGAAAGAAAUGAUCAGCAACCAAACGCUGGAGAAAGCAAUGUAAAAAUUUCUGCAUCCAAGCUAAGCAUGUUAGGAAUCAAAUUUAGAAAAGUUGGGACCUAUGGUGGGAUAAAAUUUGAAAGAAGUACUAAAACGUUAAGUCUUCCUUCAAUCGUGAUCAACCAACACACGGUACCUAGAUUCUUCAAUUCGAAAGCAUAUGAACUUCGAGCAGGCACCAACAAAGAAUUGAACUCCUACAUUCACCUCGUUGAUUUUCUUAUUCAGUCGACGGAUGAUGUUAGUUCACUCCGUUCCCAGGGGAUUAUAGUUAGUUCCUUGGCCAGAGAUGAAGAUGUUGUUGAAGUAAUGAAGGAACUCACUAAGGAUACAGUGCCGGGAGAUGUAGACGAUGAGUCUACUAAAAUAGUGAGGGAGGUAACCAAGUAUUAUCAGGAUAAAGAAGGAAAAGUCUCCACUUUAUGGAUAUGGAUGGCCGAUAACUGGGCUUCGAUAUUGUUUGCAGGUUUUAUACUUUACGCACUCACUGCCGUUCAGGCCGUUUACUCAGCUCUCUCAUUUCACUACCGCAACACCAAAUGAGAACUUGCUUGUUUCAGAUAAUGCGUUAAUGCGUGUCUCAUAAA